AAAACACCUUUAAUGGCUAGGACAAGCUGUUUGAUCUUGUAUGUUAUUUCCGGCACGAAUCUGAGAAAAAUUGUAUAAAAAUCCACGCAGUGAAAUCAAUGUUAUCAUUCGGUUUUUGGCAUCCACAGCAAAAAAUGUCAGUCCUAGUUUUGGCUCUUGCGUUAUUGGCCUGUUUUGCUGGCUCUCAAGGACAAAAGGCCGGCCAAUCUUGUACUCUUGCCAACUUGACACCAUGGCCAGUCAGAGGAAAUUAUAAGGCCUACUACAUGUGCGUUGAUGGAGUAACUGUGCAGAUGAAAUGUCCCGGUGAUAGCAUCUUCGUUGCAAACAACGCAAAUGUUUUCGGAUGCGUUCCCCUUUCGGAAGCAACAUGCACUUACAACGGAAACAAUAAUUGGGGUGGUUGGGGUGGAUGGGGCGGUUGGGGUGGAUGGGGCGGAUGGGGCGGUAACAAUGGAUAUCUAAAUAACAACGGUGGUGGACUCAGCUACAAUGACUAUGAAAAUUAUGUGAAUUCGUGGUCAAACGGACAAUACGACAACGGAUGGUUCCCCAAUGGAGUUGAUCAGAACGGAUACUAUCAAGAUGGAUACUACUCGGAUGGAAACUUUUACAACGUAAUAACUCGCAGCGCAAAAGGCGAAGGAAAGAAGGCAGAAAAGCAGAAAGCAAAACAAUAAUGUGCACACCACAGAUUUAAAAUAAAUAGAUUUCUCUUAUAAUAAUACCGGAUUUUUAAAAAUUUACCAAAUAAAGUUCUUAUAUUUAAAAAAA